AUGCCUUCGGCAGCCCAAAACGUAAAUUUCCUAUGCAUCCUAGCCAUAAUAGCCACCUGCUUGAUAACCCCAAUCCUGCCCUAUCAGGUCUGCGGAAGCAGUACCUUCCCAAAUGCACUUUCUCUUCCCAAACUAAUACAAUGCAGCGUCACUCCGGAUGAACCCCUGCUCGAAACCACGGUGCAACUUUUUGGCGAAAAUACCAACCCCUUACGAAUCCCUGCCUACAAAUGCUACCGGGAUGUCAUUCAAGUCUCCAUACAUAACAUCCUCUAUAUAAGAACACGACGAACUGUAGUCAGCCGCCAACGUCUCUCAAUCCCAGCAGAAGAAUGUGAACUUGGGAAAAGUAGCGGUAACAUUAAAGGACACACCCUUACCGAAAUUGCUCCAGGACUUAAAGUAACGGAAGAAAUUGAGGACGAAAAGAGCUCACUCCCGCUCUGGGGUACGAACCUAUACUUGCGAAGCCUCUAUUCCAUCGAAGAAGGACAAAUAGCGUCCCUAAAUGGUGAAGCAAUGCUCAGCACCUUUGGAGAUUUAAACAACUGCUCACUAGCGCAAGGAAACUGUAAUACCCCCACCGGGAUGGUAAUAUGGGAACCCAUGGAAGUGAUCCCCUGGUGCAAAUAUAAUGCUAUCGGAGAAUUCAACGCUCUGGUUAGCAUAAAGUACGUCCUCGUACCCGACCAUGAGUUAGCCUUUGAAUUAAGCAACAACCACCUCCUCCGCUUGCGAUUGCUACAGCACUGUAACAUACCAAACAGCUACCUCACUAAUUCAAAUCACAUACUUUCUUUCCCAGACAUCCCAUCUCACAUGAUGAUCCAGGAUUUCAUCGUGGAAACUUCCGCUAAACAAAGGAAAAGGCGCGGCGUCAAAUAUCUAGUCGACAAUGAAAACCGUCGCUCUCGCUUCGAAAUAGUUCCCGCGCGAACCCUACUCAUGACGCGGAAAUUAUUCGGCACCGCCGAGUUUCAAAGGUUACCCCAGUUUGAAACACAACCUAUAACCGAUCACCGACUACUAAGGGAAAUUAAACUAUGGAAAGUCACCAACCAAGAUUUUUCCCAACGAAGUAGGAUGUACGCUCUCGAAAAUACCCGCAUAAGCGUCCUGCGAACAAUCCGCUAUGCAGAAUACCGAUACCACCAGCUUGCCUUCCUUGAAGAUAUACAAACUAGAAGACCUCUGAAUUACGCUGAACUCGCACUAAAACAAGACCUAGAACAAGGUAUAACUGAUAUAUUCGAUCCAUACCUAUCACGCGAGUUCGGAGUACUUGGAAUUGACCUUGGUCGAGACCCCAGCAAACUCAGAGAAAAGCCCAUACCAUUUUUCCGAGAGAAAGAUCUGGAUAAAGUCGACAUCACGACUUUAGGUUUAGAACCCAUCGCUCACCCAGAACCUCUACCUAGCGAAACUACCUCGUCUCCGGCCACAAGGCCUUCUACGUUCUAUCCACCGGUUAUGAUAACGACAAAAAGAACCCUUCCGGCUUACAUACCCACCAAGAAGCCAAUUUUUGUCAUUCCGAACACGUCCACUAUCACCCCUCGUACCUCACGAACUUGGCCACCUGCCCCUAGUACGACAACAACCACAGAAACACCAAGAAUAGUCGAUCCUGUACAUCUGACUUGGCCACCUACUCCCAGUACGACAACUACCACAGAAGCGCCAAGAGUAGCCGCUCCUGUAUAUCUUAUACACGAGACAAAAACUAUAGACGCAAUUGUACGCACUCCGCCACCACUGUCUCACACAUUCCCACACAAUCAAGCCACCAUCAAAACCUUCUCAAGUCACCCCACAACUCUCACCUAUCCUACGAAUCCUAUAACCACGUCAACGAUCCAUCCAACAACAGCGAAGCCAACAUCAGCUUAUGAAAGGUUCUAUCACCCGCCGCCCUUCCAAACCCCAGAAACGCGACCCGAUAGAUCAUCCCGGCCACCUUUAGCCGAAGACGACCAACCCGAAUCCAGAAACCUUAAUCCUCAACCGUCAAUGCAAUUUCACUAUCAUGAAAAUACCCUACGACAAACGUUCAAUAACAUUUGUAUAAGGCAAUAUUUAAAUAACCAACGACUUCACGAGCUCAGUCAUGUCGAUCCCACUUGGGCAGCACGACUAUUGCUCAGAGAUACGAACAUCGUCGCCACCCUAUCGGGCAACGAACUCCUAGUGACCAGAUGUAGGAAAGUUGAACCAACCCAAACAUUUCCAAGUCACCAAGUCAAUAACACCUGCUAUGAUCUUCUACCCGUCUUGGUUGAAGAUCAACUGUGGUUUGCAAUCCCUGCCACAGGAGAUUUAGUCCAAACUGCGACAACAAUGCCCUGCCCUUAUAUCUCCAAUGUCGAUCCCAGUCUAGUUCAACAAAUAUUACCACCAAAUGUACUUCCAAACAUAAACGCAAAACCUUUCUUAUUUAACCCGCCGCCUAUUUACCAUCACCUCAUGCAAAACUACGCCCCGACCACCAGAUUCCAAAUCGAUUACCUGCAGCAAGAAUACGCAGCCUUACAAAAUCGAUUACAAAAACGAGGGAUCAUAGAAGAUACCAUGCUCAAAAUCAAGGACGCGGGGAAUUCCUUGAAAGACUCUCUGUCCUCAAUCUACACCAAAACAACUGAUAAAUUGACCGCUGGCGUAGAAAGCAUUAGAUGGUCCAUGAUUUCGCUCUUGCUCUGGGUAACCAUCCCCACACUGGUAAUCAUCAUUCUCAUUGCAUGUUGUGUCUGCUUCGUGAAGAUCUAUUUUAUACGAAAAGCCUCUAGUUCUGCCGCAUCCGCCAUGGUAGACUUAGCUAGCAGUCUCUCGAGAAAACGAUUAGCCAGGCGUCAGCACGAAAUAAAUGCUCUUAUGGAGGAGCAAAACAACGGAAAUCAACCAAAUUCCCUUUUCGUGCCACGCAUCUACUCCAUCUUUUCGCAAGUCAAUUCCAUCAAAAGUCCAUUACCAUACGUAAGGAUAACCCUCAACCGUUUCUCCACUCCAGCGCUCAUCGACAGCGGCGCUACAAUAUCUUAUAUGAAGCAAUCCACGCUAUACGCGCUAGGACCCAAUGUAAACAUCGACAACAAUCACGUAAAAGCGCAAGCCGCCAAUGGAACUCAAAUAGAGCUCUUAGCGUCCGCAACCGUAAAUGUCCAAGUAGGAACCCAUAUCAUACAACAUCGCUUCCUGGUGUCGCAAGAUUGCCAGUGCCCAGCGCCAGUUCUUCUGGGAACUGAUUUCAUCAAGAAACUGAACCAAUUAGGUCUCAAAGUAACUAUAGACCUACAUAACAACUUACUUACGAUUGGUAGCGAUGCGCAUGACAUGGUCCAAAUAAACGCCAUUAAUUUCCUUGAAGUCAAACCCAAUGAUGUACGACUCUCCCAGACGACCAUUCUACCAAAAAGAUCUUCAUCCAUUGUGCCGGCGUACAUCGAUCCUUACGAUCCCAGCAACCUGUUUGACUUCAUCAUUGAAGACAACCACAGAGAUCUAGACCUUCUAUACGUUGUUGGCCGAUCUUUAGUGAGCCCCAACCCCAACGGGGCAUGCCUCGUGAACAUCCUAAACCCAUCCAACACCGAUAUAAAGCUUUAUGGUCGUAUGAAAAUAGCGCACGCUACACCCGUAUCCUCUCCACUCGAACAGAUUCUCACCGUUCAAGGCGAAGGACUAAACGCUAUUACCAAACCCCAACAAUCCAUACUCCCUAAUAUCCAGGAUAUAAUCGAUCUAUGCGCAAACAACUGCCUAUACUCCUCCUUGGAUUUUCAACAAGGCUUCCACCAAAUUCCUCUAGAGGAAACCCAUUGCGAGAGAACCGCUUUCGCGUGCUUUCUCGGAGCAUUCGAGUACAUCAGAAUGCCAAUGGGAUUAAAAGGCGCCCCCGCAACCUUCCAGCGUAUAAUGGAUGAAUUCAAAAAACAUCUCAGAGCUCGAGUUUUUAUCUAUAUUGAUGACUUAAUAAUCACUUCCGAAACCCCCGACGAACACCUCAACGAUAUAGAUGAGGUGCUCACAAAAAUCGAACAGAUCGGAAUGAAGCUCAAAGCUUCUAAAUGCGAAUUUGCUCAGAAGGAAAUCAAAUUCCUAGGUUUCGUGUUAAGUAAAGAAGGUAUAAGACCUAACCCAGAGAAAACCCGAGCAAUUGACGAAUAUCCAACUCCAAAAAAUCCCACCGAUAUCAAAGCCUUCCUAGGAAUGUGCUCAUUCUUCCGUAGGAGCCAAGCUCAGGAGAGCGAAGGAGGAAUGCACGCUCGAGCAACAACCUUUCAGACAUUCAAACAGCAUCCAGGCAAAGCCCGCCGUAAAUCAAGUGUUAACAUGCUCGGUCGGGCUGUGAGCGAAGGACAAGAGGAAGCAAAGCCAACUGAGGCUGAUGCUGCGCACGAUGCAAGUAUUUCGCAAAGACCCGGUCUACCACGAUCUUAUGAAUUGUCUGGUGAAGGACAAGUUAGACGGUCGAGUGAAGUUUGA